CAUCACCAGAUGAAAUAUCUCCUGGAUCGCACGAUCGCUCCUCAGAGAGGGUCACCGUCCUGUAUUGGUGACAGCAUUAACGGGAGCUAGCCAUAAUACCGAUCACAUUGACGGGCGUGACAGUCCAUCACGGACCCUUGCUGGACGCUGAUCUCGCUCUCAAGGGCCUCGGUGGGUGCUUGGCCCACUCUUCCAUCCAUCUCUCCCACUCGCCCACAAUCAAGUGUGCCCGCGAUGGUCUUCUUCCUCUCCCUCCCCAUCUUGGUCCUCAAUUCGGCAGCGACGUUUGUCUACCCGCUGUAUGCCUCCUACAAGGCCAUCACCUCCACCACGCGCCCCGGCUCAACCGUAUCGGUGUAUUCGUGGGGAGCCCGGCAUGACACGAGUGUCGCUGCCGCCGGCGCGAAUGCAAGUAGUUCCGGUGGGGGCACAGAGUUGGCAGAGUUGGAGACCUGGUUGAUGUACUGGAGCGUCAUUGCCUGCAUUCAAACGGUCGAAGCCUUCUUGGAGUGGUCUUGGAGCUGGAUCCCAUUCUACUUCGAGCUCAAAUUGCUCUUUACACUGUGGCUCGUGCUGCCGCAGACAAAGGGAGCCACCUACCUUUACAUUCAUCACGUCGCCCCGUUUCUUGCCGCACAUGAGCAGGAUAUCGACGUAGCCCUUGGAGCAGCCAAAUCAAAGCUGAAAGCGUCCGCCAUUGCAUCGCUCGAGAAGGCUUGGAACUCGCUGCGCGAUGCAAUGCUCAAUCUUGCCCUGUCUCAACCGGCGGGAUCAGCAUCAGCACCAAUUGCAGGAAACGACGGCAGCGCAGCCGCGCCUCCCUCGGUACACAACCCCGCGCAAGGGCCCGCAGCACAGCUGAUGGAUCUCUUUCGCUCUUUGGCGCCCGCCGCAGCUUCGGGCGCGACAGCCAUCCUUGACCGCGCUACCGCCGGCGCCAAGGAGUCGAAGGCGCCCAUCGUCGCCAUGACCAAGCCUGGAAAAGGAGGCCGGCGGGCGGUUUCUGGAAGAGCAGGGGCAGCAUCAGCAUCAACAUCAACAUCAGCAUUAGCGGCAGCAGGGGGCACGAUGGACCGUGCGCAGGCCGCAAGGCGGCGAGCAGAGCUGGAGCACCAGCUGGCUGAGCUCUAUGCACAGGAUCAGCAGACUUCAGCAGCAGCAGCGUCUACCGGAGUCCGCGUACGGAGGGUGCCUGCCAGUCUGCAGCCAGGUGGAGGUGCCAGGCCGCGCGCGGCAAGUGCAGCGGCUCGUGCUUCCGACCCGGCUCACCAGCAGCAGAGGGCCAACCGGCUUGUCAGCCAGCCCAUUUGGAGCGGCGGCAACGCAGAGAACGACAAUGGCUCUGACGAUAUGUCGGACGAGCCAGCGUACGUCGUGGCGAGCAAGUCAGAGAAGUCAGCGCUGAGCGGCAGCUACGCAGUGCUCGAUAAGACCGAAGGUAGCAGCAAUGUCGUACGCACCGCGGGAGGCGCUGCGAGAGGUGCUGCGCUCAAGAAGCAGCAGCAACAACAACCGGGAAAUGGGGCGGGCGCGAGGGCAGCAGCUGGGUCCGGCGUCACCGCGGCGAAGGCUCGAGUUAGCGAACAAGCCGCAGAGGACAGUGGCUGGGGUGCAUGGCUACGCGGCUCCAACUGAGUAUCGCGUUUCGCUACGCCUGUCUUCACUCCCUCGCACGCACUCUCGCUUGCGCCACAGGUUCGUUCCCUGCAUGGACAUAUCCUUGAUAGUCAGCCCGUUCGUUUUCCCCAUCACACAUUUGAUUGUCCCUUUUGCAGCCUAGCAUACGCAUCGCGCCUCUUCCGACCAUCUCCGUACAUCUGUGUAUCGUCUCAGGGCCCAGCAUUUUCAAUCUGUAGUUGUAUCUGUAGUUGUAAAUGUACAACCAUCAUUGUUUUCUC